AGCACGCGCUUCAGAUCGCUACUAUAUACAAGUCAACAAGAAAAAGUGAAAAUCAUUUAGCAAAAGACCCCAAACAGGUGAAACUACAUUUACUUAAUUUAGUGUGAAACAGAACAUUUUGAUUGGUUAACAAGACAUUUGUUGUAAGAACCACUAAGAAAACGCCAGCGGAACCUCAUUUACAUGGACUCUGCCUCUCUAUGACGACACUUGUAUAUUAACCAAUAAAAAUGCAGUACUGUUAGCCUUCAUUUGCACAAAGGCUCUAUAAAUAACGCGUAAGAGGCCAGGUCUGAAGUAGUCGGCAUCGUUUAAUACACGCGCGUGGCGUGUGUUUCUGCAAAAAUGCCGGAUCCAGUAAAAUCCGCUCCUGCUCCUAAAAAAGGUUCUAAAAAAGCUGUCACGAAAGUGCAGAAGAAGGACGGCAAGAAGCGCAAGCGCAGCCGCAAGGAGAGCUAUUCCGUGUACGUGUACAAGGUGCUGAAACAAGUACACCCGGACACCGGCAUCUCGUCCAAAGCCAUGGGCAUCAUGAACUCCUUCGUCAAUGAUAUUUUCGAGCGCAUUGCUGGGGAAGCGUCGCGCCUGGCGCAUUACAACAAGCGCUCGACCAUUACUUCCCGGGAGAUCCAGACGGCGGUGCGCCUGCUGCUGCCCGGCGAGCUGGCCAAACACGCCGUGUCCGAGGGCACCAAGGCGGUCACCAAAUACACGAGCUCAAAUAUUUUCAAGAUGAAGCACCUGUUCCUGUCACCUAUUCCAAACCCAGUUUCCCCAAGAAUGUAAGCAAAACUUUCUUAUUCAAACUGCAGUCGGAGGAGUGGCAGACAAGAAGAUGAUAAUCCCCAAACCUCAAUAUUUCUUUUCUUUGACUGCGAACUCAUUAUACAAUAAAUAUUUCCCGUGGUUUUACUAAACAGCA